AUCCGGUCACAUGAUUUGGAAGUGGAAAGUUGUCUGCUCCACCGUUGUCGCCAUAUACGUUCUCGCCCCGUAAUAGCUUCAUUCACAACUGGCAAUGAUUUAAAAAUACGCAGGGAAGAUGUGGAUCAAACCGUCCUUUACCAGCCAUAGUUCCCUUACAUUAUGGGCUGUGGAACGAGCCAAUCCUUAUUUUCAGCUUCAAAGAAGAAAGGGUGUAGGUAAGGGGCAAGGAUUGAGUGGUUUGUUCGUAGGAACUUUCGACUCUGUUUUUGACUCAAAGGCACCAUCAUAUCGCAUAGUGCGUACUCCUGAGGCCAGUAAUAAAGUCAUGACCAUUUCACUCGCUUGGGAUAAAGAUGAAGCCUAUAGUGAUUUUGAAUGGCUUGAAAAACACCUAUUGCCUACAAUUGCCACAAUUAUUUUGGAAAAGGACGAAGACGUAGCUCAAUUUAUACAAUGUAAAAUUGAGAGUAUUAUUGCUAACUCUCCGACUCAAACACGUCUAGAAGAUCCCGACAACUUUACACGCUCAGAAUUAAAAUUUUUCAAACUGUUCAACAUGCCCGAUGAAGAGAGAUUAGUCAUCUAUUAUUCCUGCAGUUAUUGGAAGAAUAAAAUACCUAGACAAGGAAAACUGUAUCUUAGCAUAAAUUAUUUAUGCUUUCAUUCAUUCUUUAUUGGUAUAGAGACAAAAUUAGUUAUACGUUGGACAGACGUUGUAGACUUGCAUCACGGUGGAAAUGUUAUUUCCGAUUCUCUUAACAUAUAUACUCGAAAAGAAAAAUACUCUUUCAGAGUAUUAUUACACGGGGAAGAAACGUACAGAUUGUGCGAGCAAUUAGCCAACCUGGCAAUGAGACAGUUAAUGUCCGAUGAAGUUUUUCAAAGGGAUCGCUCCUUGCCUAAGAACAGGAGAUUAAACUUGAAAGAUCAGUCUUCGAUAAAACGAGAUUUGGAUGCUAGAAAACGAAGUGAAACAUACAGGUGUCAAUUUAAUUUACCUGUGGAGGAAAAAUUAGACGGUGAAACAGAGUGUUCAUUAUGGACUCCAUAUGAUAAAAAGAACUCCUCAGGAAAACUGUAUAUUUCCUCAAGCUAUAUAUGCUUUGCUAGCAAGGUUGAGGAUCUUGUUACGUUAAUUAUACCAAUGAGAGACGUGUCGGUUGUGGAGGUGGUUAAUAGUAAUUCAAAUAAUCGUGUAUUACCCAAUGCUUUAGUUAUUUCCAUAAAAGGCCAACCUAGCAUACUAGUUUCUAAUUUGAUAGAUAGAGAGCAGGUUUUGGCGAAAAUAACAAAUUUUCUGGCGAGCCAAGGUGCCCCCAGAAGAAUUGAUUCACGACCUAAUUCCUUUUCCGAAAACGAUAGCCAAUUGCCGGCCAUUGGUGAAAGUAAAAUUGAAUUUCAACCGCAACUACUCAGCAAAUUUCCUAAAGUACUCGAUGAAAUAGAGUUGGCUUUGGAGAAAAAAAAAAUAAAAGAAUGGGAUAGAUUAUUUGCAGAUUAUGGACGAGGAAUAACCAUGUAUAGGGUUCACGAAGUUAGACUAGCAGUCUUAAAAGGCUUACCGGAAAAGUAUAGAGGUGAAUUGUGGAUGGUGUUUUCUGGGGCCAUUAACGAAAUGGCAAACAACCCUGGAUACUAUGAGAGUUUAGUAGAAAGAUUUAUGCAUACUGUAAACGUAGCUACAGAUGAAAUUGAACGCGAUCUGCAUAGAUCACUUCCUGAGCACACUGCUUUUCAGUCAAACAUUGGUAUUGACGCUUUGCGUCGUGUUUUAAGAGCGUACGCAUUUAGAAAUCCUCAUAUUGGAUAUUGUCAAGCCAUGAAUUUGAUUGCUGCCGUAUUGCUCUUGUACGCAAGUGAGGAGGAAACAUUUUGGCUCCUAGUUGUUCUAUGUGAGAGAAUCUUACCGGACUAUUAUAAUACGAAAGUAGUUGGUGCUCUUGUGGACCAGAGGGUAUUUAGCGAUCUUGCUAAGGACCACAUUCCUGAAAUCCAUAAUAAACUGGACGAUUUAGGCUUACUCAAUAUGGUUUCGCUUUCGUGGUUUCUGACACUGUUUAUAAGCGUUAUGUCUUUUGCUGAAGCAGUCAAUAUAAUGGACUGUUUUUUCUACGAUGGAGUUAAAACUUUAUUUCAAUUCGCACUAGCUAUUCUUGAAUCGGUAAAAGACGAACUACUCGCAUGUAAAGAUGAAGGAGAUGCUAUGACCGUUUUGAACGAUAAGUUCCGAUGCAUUGUCAAUUGCCAUACUGAACACAGAGUUAAGGAGGUUGAGAAGAGAAUCUACAUAACGGAGUUAGUUGAUUCGGCUUAUAGACAAUUUCAGACUCUCACGAAUAAUCGAAUUUUCAAUUUGAGAUCUAAACAUAAAAUUAGUGUCGUUCAAAAUUUGGAAGAGAUUUCCAUGAAAAAUGUUAUACGUAGUGUAGCGAAAUGUACAAAAUUGGAAAAUGAAGCUCUUGAAGAAGCUUUUAUUGUUUUCCGCGAAGAGUAUGUUACAUCUAAAUUCUAUAGAACUGAUCCACGACCUGCAAUAGAUAUAUUAGAUAAAUUUGAUCCUCAAAAACCGUAUUAUGAACAUUACAGAAUAGAAUACGAAGCUUUUUCUGCAAUAUUUGUUGGUGUAACACCGUGGGGAAUGUCUGAAACCGGACAGGAUUUGUCACUCAAGCUCUUUCGAUUGCUUGAUAGCAGAAAGAGUAACCUUAUUAAUUUCAGAGAUUUUGCCUGGGCUAUGGGCAUUUUAAGCUCAAAUGAUCCAGUGGCGAAAAUAAAAUUACUAUUUAGAAUGCAUUUACCACCAGCCUUUAGAUUUGAAGAUGGAACAACAUUCGAGAAAUCUUUCCUCUCGCCUACAUCUUCUAUCGCUAUUCUAGAUGAUGGAGUUGAAGCAGAAAAUUUUUUCUCCGGUGAAAGUAAACCUAAAACCGCUGUUAAUCCUUCAGACCUGGUAGUAGAUAAAGAAAAGAAGGUAGAAGAACCUCUAUCACCUCUGAACCAACCACAGUUUAUUGAACUAUGUAGAAUACUUUAUGCUCUGGUGAACAGUAGCACAUCUGGAAGAGAAGAUCAAGAAUUGUAUCACGCCGUAGCAAAUUUUAGUUCCGUAAUUCUUCGACUAGGAGAAGAGGAAAAGAAAUUGGGCCGCUCAGUAUCAACUUCAUCUGGUUUGACUUCAGCUUUGAAUGACAAUGGAGAUGAUCUACCGAAAAGAAGACACAGUUUGACAGAAGCAGAUCUAGAAUGGAGAACCACAUUCAAACAAGUCUUAGCCUCAAUUUUAAACGAAGAAAAGUUGAACGAGUACUUUUCAUCCGGAUUCAACCUAACCAAGUAUAUUGAGGACUAUCGGAAAAAAUCAGCAAAGUUUCCUGUUUAA